GCUAGUCUCGCGUGAUGAGACUUGUGGCUUUGGGAUUUGCUGUAAGACAGGAGGCUAGGAGCCUGCAGUUAACAGUUUUACGGGAGGUGUAAGUAGCUAUACGGGACUGCGGGCUGCGUUUGGGAACUCGGGACUGCUGGGCUGUGUUUGGGAAAGCUGGACUGUUUGGCAGUGUGGAAGCUGUGUAGAACAAAGAACAUUCAGGCACCAUAGCAACCUAAAUCGCUCCCGAAGUCUGCAGCUCAAUGACAGCAGGGGGGGCGGUAAUCCAAGUAAGUGGAGCGCUGCUGGGCCCCCUCUGAGAGUCAGAACCCGCCGGCCCUAGGACGACUGCCAACACCCCAUGGCGACUCUGUUCAGGGAUAUCCAGCCUGGCUCUCAUUCCUUCUGGUUUGUGAUCUGGCCAUCUUUGAGCUCUCUAUAGGUCCACAAGUAAAGUGACAUUGGGGCCCACUAAAAGUGUUUCUUCGCUAGAAUAAUCUGUAUAUGACCUUCUCCCAAAGGAGUUACAGUUGCCCUCCUCACAAGAAACAUCCUUCGCCCCAAUGAGUCAGACAAGCGGAGGUGAGGCAGGCUCACCGCCCCCGGCUGUUAUAGCUGCUGAUGCCUCAUCUGCCUCCUCUUCCUCAAUGGGCGGUGCUUGCAGCUCCUUUACCACCACUUCCAGCCCUUCUAUUUACUCUACCUCACUCACCGAUACCAAAGCUAUGCAAUCGGAGAGUUGCUCCUCUGCUCUGGGGGUAAGUAAACCAGGGGUAAGUGAACAGCUCUUAGCCAGUAAUGCAGGCCAGCAGCAGACCGGGCCACUAAGAUGGACGGUCCUUAACAUUUCGCCACCACCCGAAGACUUGCUCGAUAACAGUCAGAUGUCAUGCCAAGAUGAAGGGGGUGGACUGGAGUCGGAGCAGAGUUGCAGUAUGUGGACUGAAGAUUCCACCUCCAAUUUUAGCAACAUGAGCACCCAUUCUUACAAUGAUAACACCGAGGUGCCUCGUAAGUCACGGAAAAGAAACCCAAAGCAAAGGCCUGGAGCGAAACGGCAGGAUUCCAACAUGGAUGUUUUUGAUGCUGAUAGCGCCAAAGCUCCCCAUUAUGUGCUUUCCCAGCUCAACUCGGACAGCAAAGGCCAUACUGGAAAUGGAGCUGCAGAGAAUUCAAAAGGAGGAAAAAAGAGCCUGGUGUUGUGUGAGCAGUAUCCAGCUAAAGCUGAGGCAAAGGAACUGAAAAUAGUUGUGCAGCCAGAAACACAACAUCGCGCCAGAUACCUAACAGAGGGAAGUCGAGGAUCUGUAAAAGAUCGAACACAACAAGGCUUUCCUACUGUGAAGCUGGAAGGCCAUAAUGAGUCAGUGGUGCUUCAAGUGUUUGUUGGUAAUGACUCUGGCAGAGUAAAGCCACAUGGAUUCUACCAAGCCUGUAGGGUAACUGGGAGAAACACCACUCCUUGCAAAGAAGUGGACAUAGAGGGUACAACAGUUAUUGAGGUUAUGCUUGACCCGAGCAAUAUGAUGACACUAGCAGUUGAUUGUGUUGGGAUCCUGAAGCUUCGGAAUGCAGAUGUAGAAGCACGGAUAGGGGUUGCUGGCUCUAAGAAAAAGAGCACUCGUGCUAGACUUGUGUUUCGAGUAAACAUCACUCGUUCAGAUGGCUCAAUUUUAACACUUCAAACACCUUCUUCACCUAUUCUCUGUACCCAGCCUGCUGGUGUACCUGAAAUCCUAAAGAAGAGUUUACAUAGUUGCUCAGUGAAAGGGGAGGAAGAAGUCUUUCUCAUUGGCAAAAACUUUUUAAAAGGAGCAAAAGUUGUAUUCCAAGAGAAUAUCGCAGAUGACAAUUCCUGGAAAGCUGAAGCUGAAAUUGACAUGGAGUUAUUUCAUCAGAAUCACCUUAUAGUGAAGGUUCCUUCUUUCCGCGAUCAGCACAUUAGUUCCCCUGUUUCAGUGGUUAUGUUUGUGGUGACAAACGCAGGUCGAUCUCAUGAUGUUCAGCCUUUCACAUACACUCCAGAUCAAUCCAUUCCAGUAAAUGUUCUUAUAAAGAAAGAGAUUCCCAGCCCAACUCAGUCCUGCACUUUUGAAGACACUAUGAAAGCAACAGCACCAUCUGCCUGCAACACUGAUCAAGUGAGUUUGCUCCCAAGUACUCUGGGUUCUCCUCUUAAAUCAAGUGGUUUAAUCAAAAAUGAAGAUAGUGCUCCUAUGGAGAUGGCUGCUGAUCAGAGAUCCUCUCCUCUAUACAAAACAACAACCAUUGUAUCAGCUCAGCAAAAUCUAGAAAAUUCAUCAAAUGCUAGACCUUUUUCACCCACUGUAUCCCAUCUUCCCACUGAUGCUGACCAACAGGCAUCAAUUCAAGUGCAGACAUUCAGCACAGAACCUCUGGCCACCAUCCAGACCCAAGACAUUGCCCAGCCUGGUAGUUUUCAGUCAGUGACAUCUCCGGGCCAGGCUAAUGAUUCCAUAAUGCAGCAGACUGGACAAUUUCAAACUAUGGAUGGCCAACCCAGGGACACAAUGCAGCCAGAAAACGCCAUUGUCACACUUUCACAAAUGGCUGAAGUUACUCCACAAGUGCAGCAGUCCACAAUGCAAGAGCAAGCGCAGACAUUACAACAGCAGAUUACUACAGGCUUAUUCACCUCCACAAGUAGCGUUAACCAGUUACAGAGUGCUAUUAACCAACUACAGGCUGGUAGCUUUCAGUCUAGUGUAAGUGGUGGUAAUACAAAUGUAGAUUUGGUCCAGCAGGUUCUGGACUCCCAGCAGUUGUCUUGCGUACUUUUUUCUGGACAAAGCGGAAAUGAAAGCAAGCAGGCCUCAGUUGGACAAGUUCAGGAGCGGAUCAGUGCUGGCAUAUUCCAACCUGUUGCUUCAAUACAAAACAAUGCAAAUUCUGCACUGUUUUCCACCCCUGAAUCUGUGCAUUCCAGACCAGAAAACGUGCUUUCGGGAAGAACUGACAGCCUUCUCCAGCAGGCUGAAAAUGCUUUGUCUAAUCAACAGCAGCCCAUGGAGACCACAGCAGCCCUAGUCAUGGAGAUGCAGCAAAGUAUUCUUCCCUCUGCUGCAACGAUUCAGCCUGACCUUUUCCAGACACAAAACUCUGGAACAUCAAACAUUCAGUCACCUGUCUAUCAGCACCAGCAAGGUUCUCAUUUAAUCCCUGGACUGUCCACUAAUGAAGAGAUGCCAAUGCAGUGUGAUAUGUUUGCUAGUGCAGCAGUUCCUGGAAGUGAAAGCAGUGCAAACCAGCAGCAGGUAUCUUCAUCUAGUUCAAAUAUGUUCCAGCCCACAAGCUCUACAGAAAAUGAUAAUGCUUCUGCACAGGCAGAGCACAUCCAAAGGAAUGUGUUUCAAUCUAUGGUCCAGAUGCAACACAGCGGAGAAACCCAGAAUCAAGUCAGUCUUUUUUCACCAGAUGAAGACAUGCUUGGAGUUCAGACAAGUGUAAGCCAACAGCAAGGCAGUGGGCUUUUUCCCCCUGGAGACUUAAUGACUCUUCAGUCUAGUAACUUCAUGCAACAAUCCCCUCACUCACACACUACAAUUUAUCACUCACAGAACUCUAUUGGGGAGAGCCAGAGUAUAAACCAGGAAACUCAGGGCUCUCUCUUCCACUCUACCAACACUAUGGUGCAGCAUCAGAACACUGCAUCUCAAGAUCAGCUUCAGUCUCCACUUUUCCACCCACAGAACACAUUGUCUGUUUUGCAGAGUUCCUCUGUCACUGCAGAGCAGACCUCGUCUAACCUCUUCCUGUCUCAAAGCACUAUGAGCUCGCUGCAAAGUAAUCCAGUGUCUCAAGAGAAGCAGCUCUCCUUUUUCACAAGUCAAAAUUCACUCCCUCAGCUCCAAGCUGCUCCAACCACAGAACAGCAAGCAGCCUUUCAACAGCAAGCCCAACUGUCUCACAUUCAAAACUCAAUCAUAUCCCAAGAACAGCAGCAACAAGUUUCACAAAAUAUAUAUCAGCCACAGAACCAACAAACAGCAAUUUUCCAGGCAACUCACUCAAUGGUUGGGAUUCAGGGUAGUCCAUCUUCUCAUGAGCAGAGACAAAACAUCCUAUUCAGCACACAAAAUUCACUGUCUAACAUGGGAUCGCCAGAGCAGCAGCAAAGCAUGCUUUUUAAUCCUGGACAGGAGCCAAUGUCCACCCAGGAGCAGCAGAACCAAGCUCUCUUUCAUUCCCAGAACAUGGAGUUCCAGUCUCAGAGCUCUGUUUCCACUCAGCAUGAACAGCAGCAGCAGUCUCCAAUGUUUCAUAAUUCUCCGCAACUUCAGCUUGUUCAGGCCUCCACAACCUCUCCAGAGCAACAGGUUACAUUGUUUAUGUCCCCCGUUUCCAUGUCAGCCUUGCAGAGCAGCAUCAACCAGCAAGACCUUCAGCAAGCCAGUAUAUACUCACAGUCUAUCCAGGGCAGUACACCACCUCCUCCCCAGCAGUCUAAUAUAUACCACAGUUCCACAAGUGGAGCAAUGGGCCAAAUUCAAGGUCAGCCAACAUCAUCACCGCAGGCAUCAGGAAUGUUUUUGUUCGGGAUUCAAAGCAAUUGCGGUCAGCUGAUCUCCCAGGCUGCUGCUUCCAUACCUGAUCAGAUAAUGGUUAUGGCACAAUCAGGUCAAUCGCAAGGAGAUGGUCAAUCUGUAACAGCAAUUCUAUCCCAACAAAUGACAGAUAAUUCAUCAAUGACAUCUGAACAGAGCAUGGAGAAGAUCAGUGAUUUGCUAGUUUCUCUGCAGAACCAGGGGACCAGUUUGUCUGGCUCUUUCUAACCAGUAAAGCAGAAACUCUGAGAAGACUGGCCAGACUUACUUAGUACAACUGGAUUUUUUGUACAUUAACUAUGGUCCAAACAGAACUGGUUUGUAGUGUCACGCCUGGCCUGUUUGUGUCCUCCUUUAGUAUUUUCUAACCAAUGCUACAGAUCCAAUAGAUUGUCAUAGCCCAGAAAGCAAUAGCCGUGAGAUUCCUGGUUUGUGCUAGCUGCUGUCAUCCUACCAGCGGUCAAGCUUGGACAUUCAGCAGUCAUUGCUUUCUACAUCCACACCUGUUGUCAUGUUUACCUUUUUUGUUUGCUUGUUGUUCACAGGUGUCUGUGUGUAAAGUAGGUUUGCGUGUAAAUAUGUAUGUACAUAAAAGGAUAAAAUAUAUUUUUGUCUAUAAACUUUCCCUUGAGGAAAACCUAUUUUGUCCAUUCAAGAAGCUGUGAUUGUGAAAGCAUGUCACACUAUGUCUGUCACAUGUAGCACUCAGUGUUAUACAUAUAUAUGGCGCUCGUGCAGUUCUCCCUGCUGCUGAGGUAGCAUUGCACAUGGGUCAGUGAAGUGUUUAAAAGUAAAGCAGGUCUGGAUCCAAGGCAGCUGCCCCCCUCCCCCCCCCCCACCCUAAAGAGGUUUGGCUCUGGAAGUCUCCUCUGUUUCUUUUAAUCUUGUCAAAUAUGCACCCUAUAAUGACUGUCUAAGCAAGGUGCUGCAGGCUGCUCCAGCUGGAACAUAUUCGUUUCCCUGGUUAUGUCUCUGAUUUCCCUGUCUGUCCCCCUUCUUGUUAACAUGUGAUGAGAGGGUGCUUCUGUGCUCCCCCAUGUCACACAAGUAAUGCUGCACUUUGGGUUAUAAGAAGUCUUUCUCUAACUGAGUUGUAUUUUGUUCCUGAGCCAUGUAGAUAUGUUUUAUUGUUACCUUCCCUAUUCCCUUUCUGUCUGUCUCUUCUUUAAUAGCUCCUCAAAGGAGACUUUUAAUGGUUUCAGUAGUGCGGGUUAUUGCCGACAUGAAGGGAACUUUCUCAGAGAGAUCUGUUCCAGG